AUGAGACCUCCCGUAAGAGGACAUGGCGGUUAUGGUGAUGGUGGCGGCCGUGGUGGUUAUGGUGAUGGUGGUGGUCGUGGAAGAGGCCGCGGAAGAGGUGAAGGAAGUUUCGGAAGAGGACGCGGAAGAGGCCGUGGAGCCCCUAGAAGAGGGCAAGGAGGGCCAAGAAGAGGAGGUCCUCCCGGAAGAGGAGGUCCUGGAAUCAAGGGAGGGAGCAAAGUGAUUGUGGAGCCACACAGACACGCAGCAGUGUUCAUGGCUAAGGGCAAAGCCGAAGCUCUUGUCACUAAGAACUUGGUUCCUGGUGAAGCCGUUUACGGCGAGAAGAGGAUCUCUGUUCAGAACGAAGAUGGAACUAAAGUUGAAUACAGAGUUUGGAACCCUUUUCGAUCUAAGAUAGCUGCUGCUAUUCACGAUGGUAUUGAUAACCUUUGGAUCAGACCUGGUGUUAAAGUUCUUUACCUUGGAGCUGCUUCUGGAACCACUGUAUCUCAUGUCUCUGAUAUUGUUGGACCUGAGGGAUGUGUUUAUGCCGUUGAGUUUUCUCAUAGAAGUGGUAGAGAUUUGGUGAACAUGGCGCAGAAGAGACCUAAUGUUAUACCAAUCAUUGAAGAUGCUAGACAUCCUUCUAGGUACAGAAUGAUUGUGAGCAUGGUUGAUGUCAUAUUCUCUGAUGUUGCUCAACCUGAUCAGGCUAGAAUAUUAGCUCUCAAUGCAUCUUUCUUCCUCAAAACCGGAGGUCACUUCAUGAUCUCUAUAAAGGCGAGUUGUAUAGACUCAACGGUACCAGCAGAAGCAGUGUUUUCAAGCGAAGUGAAGAAACUGCAACAGGAGGACUUUAAACCAGCUGAGCAAGUGACUCUGGAGCCUUUUGAGCGAGACCAUGCUUGUGUUAUUGGUGGAUAUCGCAUGCCUAAGAAGAAGAAAGCUGCUACGGCUGCUUAA